AUUCAUCAAGCAACCGAUGCUGGACAUGACUUUAUUGUUACACCUAUCUCGCAACCUCGAUUUGAGCGCGUCCUUGGAAUCGACCAGCCAGUCAAUGUGAUCCAAACAUGGCGCGACAGUCCAGCAUUUGAAAGAGACGAUCUUGUCUUAAAAUCAGCUGAUUGGUCUGAUGUAGUUGUGGGAUCAUUGUCACCUUGGUUAAAUUUUGAAGAUCCUGCAUUCAGAUUGAAUUCUGAAUUGGCAUUGAAGCAAGAGAUCGCAUGGGCAUGUCAUCUCAGCUUGUUGGCCGUGAUAUUUCCAACUUUAUCUGGUGGAAUUGCUGAUACUGCCAGAGCCCUCAAUGGAGCAGUAACAUCCAUGUCUUAUACACAGAUGUGGGUACAGGUCCCAUUGACCCUUGAGAACGAGAUCACACCUAACCAGUCAUGGCGUAACUGGAACCAGCUGCGUACCUUGACUGAGCACAGCCCCAAAAUCCAAGUUGCACUUGAAUUGACGUCUAAAUUGCCGGAGGAUGAACAGCUUUUGGAUAUGUGGCUUGCUGAACCAAUUAAGGCUGUAAUUAUUCCUGCCAACGUAUUUGUCAGUAAUGCCAAGGGUUACCCUGUCUUGGGCAAACGUCACCAGUCAUUUGUGAAGAAGUUGAUGAGCGGCCUUCGACCCAAUAUUAUCGUCACUCUACCAAGCACUCAACUUCAUCCUUCUGCUUCCCCAGAAUCUUACCAGGAAUACAUCCGAUUCUUGAAUCGUAACUUACCUGAAUUAAAUGAUGUCGAGCGAUUUUCUAUCGGUUACCAGGAUUUCCUGCAGGCUCCUCUCCAACCUCUUAUGGACAACCUUGAUAACCAGACUUAUGAGACAUUCGAGAGGGAUCCCAUAAAGUACCAGCAAUACGAAAAGGCUGUUUAUCAUGCACUUUUGGAUCGUGUCAAGGCUGGAUCUGACAUUGAAACUGUUAUUAUGGUAGUAGGUGCAGGUAGAGGUCCUUUGGUCAACUGCUGCUUGCGUGCUGCAACAAAGGCUGAACGUAAAGUACAUGUAUAUGCAGUCGAGAAAAACCCAAAUGCAUUUGUUACACUGCAGAACGCAAAGGCUGAUGUGUGGCACGACAAGGUGACGCUGGUGUUUGCUGACAUGCGCAAAUGGAAGCCUACUCGCAAGUGUGAUAUCUUGGUGAGCGAGCUUCUGGGUUCAUUUGGUGACAACGAGCUAUCACCAGAAUGUCUUGACGGUGCCCAAAAGUUCCUCAAAGAGGAUGGUAUUUCAAUUCCUGCCUCUUAUACAGCAUUCGUGGCUCCUUUGGCCUCUACAAAGCUGUAUAAUGAAGUGGCCGCCUAUAAGGACUUGGCCCACUUUGAGACACCAUAUGUGGUUAUGUUUCAGCAAGUGUGCGAACUAGCAGCAUCAAAGCCAUUGUGGACAUUUGAACACCCCAACAAGACACCAGAUGUGCCUGUUGAUAGUGAUCCCAUUAACAACCUGCACAACCUGCGUUACAAGCAGGUUUCUUUUGAGGUUAAGAAUGGUAUGGUUAUGCAUGGACUGGCAGGUUACUUUGAGAGUGUACUCUACAAGGAUGUAAUGAUCUCCAUUCACCCCGAGACCCAUUCGCCUGGCAUGUUCAGUUGGUUCCCAAUUUUCUUCCCUGUCAAGGUUCCUGUACAGGUUCCUCAAGGGGCUAUAGUCACGGUUGAUUUUUGGCGUCAGACUGACCGUAAAAAGGUGUGGUACGAAUGG